GGUCACUUUCUGUCUUAGUCUUACCAAGAUAGCUUUGCAGCUGUUAUAUGUUGAAUACGUACACAUACAUGUCUUUUCAUAAGUCCGUCGUGCAACAAUUAUCCAUAAUAUAUACUUACAUGCACAGGUUCCAAGGAUAUGAGCGAGGAGAUGGCUCCAGUAACUUAUCCGGUGCCACUGCUGAAAUCAAAUGUUUCCAGGUACUGAUUUCUUUUCUAAAGAUUUUUAUAUAUCAUGUUCAGAUCAUACCUUGGACAUCUAAAAUCAACUUUUGAAGUACAUGCUUGAAUCGAUGCUGGCAUUGAAUGAUGUUUGCAUGGUGCUAACUGUUGAUGCAGGAGGAGAUAUUUAGCCAAAUUCUUCUUUGUAUGCAGGUUGUAAGUAGUUUAUCGCUGAGUGAGUUUCAAUCAAGAUGUUGUGUGUUGUUUGUGCUUAUUAUGAGCUUGUGUUAAUACCAUCAUUCCCUGUUGCAUUAAAAUUGCCAGGCUGACAGCUUCAAGAGGCCAUCAUCAACCGAAUUAUAGUACUUCCUCCAUAUUACCUUUUUUCUCAUAAUAUCUUGUACUUACAAAUAUAUUCAAUGCCAAUAUGUAUACUUUGGACAUCAUAUCUCUGUUUUUUCUUUUCUAGGCUCCAUUAGACAAGCAGCAGAAGAACUCCUAGUCCAACUAUUUUCUGAAGUUUGUAAUAGCUUUGCUGAAAGUUAAGGUCUUGGAAUAUAGUUUACCUUCAAUCAAAGUUUUAUCGCCCUUCUUUCUUAAUUAUCAUCUUAUAUGUUCUCAGAGUCCCUAUUACAGCUCAACCGCUCUUUAACUAUCCUGGCUUCACACCAAAUACUACAGAUAUAUAUCAUGAAGAUGCUGCUCCUACGAAUGAAGCAAUCCAGUUAACCAACAACCAGAAUGAUAGAGGCAUGGAUCGAAGUACUGGUCGAAUAACAUACACCGAGCCCUUGAAACUGUGGGACAAGGCAUCUGGUAACAUGGCUGACUUCUCCACCUAUUUCGCAUUCAUUAUCAAUUCACAAAAUAGGUCCGAAUAUGCUGACGGGAUUGCAUUAUUUCUUGCACGGGUUGGCUUCCCCAUUCCUAGUGUUCAGCAAGGUGCUGGUGUUGGCCUUGUGAGUGAAGACCAGAUAAACAAUUCAACCAUAAAUAUAUUCGUGGUGGUGGAGUUUGACACCUAUGCAAAUCCCUGGGAUCCUCUUCAUGAUCAUGUUGGCAUCAACAUAAACUCAAUGGUAUCUGUUGCUAAUGUCACAUGGCUGAGUCGUGUUCCUGCUGGAGUAAAGAAUGAAGCAUGGAUCAGUUAUAAUUAUACUACGAUGAAUUUUAGCGUCUUCUUCACUUCUUUUUCUAAUAACAGUACAUACAUAGAGAGCCUCUCUUAUAAAGUUGACAUGAGAAAGUACUUGCCAGAAAGGGUUGAAUUUGGUAUUUCAGCUGCAACAGCAAGACGAUUCUGGGAGAUACAUGCGGUUCAUUCUUGGAAUUUUAGUUCAAGUAUACAUCUCCCAACAGAUAAAAAUAUUUCUACACCACCUCCAAAACCCAGUUUGAAGCCGAAGAAAUAUGGAAAGGUAAUAGCUGGGAUUGUUGUAGGUGCAUUAGCCUGCUUCUUAGUCAUGACAAUAGGUCUCCUUUGGUGUGUUUGAAAGAAGAAGUGGAAUAGAAUUAAAAAGGUAGAUGGCAACUUAUUUGAGAUUUCAAGUAAAUAUGAAAAGGAAACUGGACCCCGUAAGUUUUCAUAUGAAGUAUUGUCUACUGCAACAAGGAAUUUCGCAGGAGAGAAGGUUGGGCAAGGGCAGCUCAUUGGUUGGUGCCAUGAGGAAAGAGAGCUUUUACUUGUUUACGAGUUCUUGCCCAAUGGUAGCCUGGAUUCGUAUCUAUUUAGAGAAAGUUUGUUCUUGACAUGGAUAAUGAGAUACAACAUAACUCGAGGCCUGGCAUCCGCAUUGCUUUAUCUACAUGAAGGAUAACAAUGUCUGCUGCACAGGGAUAUUAAAACAAGUAAUAUCAUGUUGGACUCAAAUUAUAAUUGCAUACUCGGUGAUUUUGGGUUGGCCAGAUUUGAUCAUGGAAAAGAGACGGAAACAACUGUGUUGGCAGGAACAAUGGGAUUCAUUGCCCCUAACUGUUUUACAACUGGGAAAGUAAGCAAGGAAACAGAUGUCUAUAGCUUUGGUAUUGUGACAUUGGAAAUAGCCUCAGGAAGAAAACCUAUUAACCCCAAAGCGAAACAGGGUGAGAUCAUACUUGUAGAGUGGAUAUGGGACCUUUAUGGAAAGGGAGAGCUUCUUGCAGCAGCUGAUCCAAAACUUUCUGCAGACUUUGAUGAGAAACAGUUAAGAUGUUUGAUGGUUGUAGGUCUAUGGUGUGCCCACCCUGAUCACAAAUUCCGUCCUUCAAGCCAUGCACUUCAAGUGUUAAACUUCGAAGCUUCCCUGCCUGAUCUGGCCCUAACAUACCCUACGUUGUUGUAUGUCACAGCUCCGCUGGAUUUAUCUCAAAUUCUCUUCAAUCUUCUUCUGAGUUCUGACACUGUUGUCAAUAAGACUUGGCAAACUGGUUCCUCAAGUUCUGGUGACGCCGACUCCAAAUGCAUUACCUCUUCAUCAUCAGAUUUGCUUUUACGCGCAAAAUAAGUAUAGCGGUCGCUGAUAUAUUUUGUGCAAUAAAAACAUGGUUGAGUUUAAGAUUCUCAGCUAGUUUUAUGCUAGAAACUUGAAAGUUAUUUAUCAGUACUAAGAAUUUAAGUUAUAUACACACACUUAUCAAUCAGUGAAGUACAUCUGCAGUUGUCUCUGUAGAAGGGAACUGUCCACUGUGUGCUUGAUAUAUCUGCAAGGUUAUAUGCAGAAGAAAUCCAUAUUAUAUUAUAUGGUAUUUCCCAGGUAUAAGAAAUCAUCUGCAUUCGAAAUUCAGUCUUUAAUCCCCUCACU